AUGCUUUAUACAUCUCCACUUACAUAUUCUGAUGAUUCAAUAUCAAUUUCUACAGAUGAUCCAUAUGAAAUUCACCUUAGAGCCCAAAUUUCUAUCCCUCAAGUAACAGAUGAUUUUAUUAACAUUGAACGUCAAAUUCAAGAACCUGCUCAAUCCAUUAUAGGUGAUAAAUCAAAACAAAAGAAAAGGCGUUCCAAAAAAAAGCAGAAACGCCUUUGCAAUCCACCUGGUAAUUCACACUAA